AAAGUAGCUAUCGUCGGAUCUGGUGUAGCGGGUCUUUCGGCAUUGUGGAUGCUGAAUGAGUAUUCCGAGCACGAGGUGCACAUCUUCGACAAGGAGGACUGGGCCGGGGGACAUGCCCACACUGUUGAUUAUCAGAGUGAGCGCUUUGCCUCGGGGCUGACUAAUUAUCAGAUGAGUAUGAACCCAGUGUCGUAUCCCAACUUAUAUCGCUUCCUGCGGGCAAAGGGUAUAGAAACUGUCAACGUUCCCAACUCCUUGACAGUUUCACACAACAUGGGGGAGUUUGAGUGGGCAUCUGGGGGGCUCCUUGCCUUGUUUUGCCAACCAAAGAAUAUAUUCAAGAAGCGUAUAUACCGAAUGUUGCUUGACGUCUGGCGGUUCAACCACCUUGCUCUCGACCUCUUGAGAGACCCAUCGACCGCCAUCGGGAUCACCGUCGGGCAGUAUCUGAAGGAUAACGGGUACUCAGAAGAAUUCAAAAGGGACUAUCUCUUGCCCAUGACAGGCUCUAUCUGGGCCACGCCCACCGAUAAAGUUUUCGAAGCAUUUCCCAUUCUAACACUUGUCAAAUACAUGCACAACCAUCUCAUCCUCCACAUGAGGGAAGAGCCCGAAUGGCUUACAAUAAAAGGGGGUUCGGCCAACUGGGUCAAGGUGGUCAUCGACAGUGUGCCUCAGAACCGAGUUCAUCUCAAGACGGCGGUCAGUGCCGUACAACCCCUUAAGAAUGGGGACGGUGUCGUUAUCACUACUGCCGAGGGGAAAGAGAAAUUCGAUCAUGUCAUAUUGGCGACUCAUUCUCAAGUAUCUCUAGAACUCCUUCGUCGAGGAGGUGGAGCCAGUGAGGAUGAAGAGCGUCUACUGAGCCCGUGCGAGUGGACUGAUAACGUGAACGUUGUGCAUUGGGAUGAUCGGGUAUGUUGUCCUUUUGGGCAAGCUUUUGCAUCGCUAACUGCACUAACCGGGAAAAGCCCCCACAUCUCGAUACGAAUGGAGUCUGCACGUGAAACUAUCAAUUUAAACGCCCUGCAUAAUCUCCCCGUGUCCAAACAUGGUCUUUGUCUCACGACUCUCAAUCCUCAUUUCCCCGUUGAUCCUAAGAAGAUACUGUCCGUUUGGAAACUUGACCAUCCCGUCAUGUCCCAAUCUUUGAUGGAAGCCCAGAAACAUCUCCACUUGAUCCAAAAUAAGCGCGGGAUCAGCUUUGCUGGCGCUUGGACAGGUUACGGGUUUCACGAAGACGGAUUUCGGAGUGGGAUGCAAGUAGGAGAAGCUUUGGGGGUAAAAGGUCCUUGGGAA